AUGACAGAUGAGGGGACACAACAGGGAGAGAGAGCUCUCGGAGAGAAGAACGCCUGCGAGGACCGAGAGAUUGCAGAACGAGAUGACCUAGAGUAUCCAGGGUCGCCCGAGGCCAAGGUCCACCUCAUGGACAUGGAGCUCUGCAACAGCAGCCGGUGGUAUGCAGGGGCCAUCCACCCCCGCAACCUGUGUGCUGGGUACCCACACGGCAGUAUUGUCACCUGCCAGGGGGACAGCGGGAGUCCCUUCAUCUGCAGGGACAAUGAAGCUGACUACUACUGGCUCGUUGGAUUGAACAGCUGGGGAAAAGGCUGUGACGCCAGGCACCCUGGGAUCUACACCUCCACUCAGCACUUCUACAACUGGAUCCUGCUCCAGAUGGGCCUGAGCCCAGCAGAAAGAGCUGGUUCAGCACCGGAGCCAGUCGUCACCUCGGCCCCUGAGCAGCCUCUGAAACUAGUGGAACAUAUCAGCUUGACCCCUGAGUACAGCCAGAGACCAGCAGUGACAUCCUUGGGCACAUCACUGCCCAUGGCAUUCCCCCACCAGAUCCUGGUACAAUUCCAGAAUCAGUUGCAGGAGUUCCUGCAGUUUUGGAAGGACAAAAAAGCCUGAGCAGCAGCAGGAUCCAGGGCUACAGUGGAUCACGGCAGUUACUGCUGGUAGCCUUGGGGCCAGAGGCUUCUCUGUCCUACCCACGCUGCUGUGCUGUGGCCACAGCG